AUGAGAGGUCCAAUGGUUAUGCUGUUUCCUUUAGUCAGGCACCAGUGGUAUGAGACCGGUAAUUGGAAAUCCGGAGCCCAUGACUUCUUUCGACUCUCGAAAUGCGACAUACGGCAAAGACCAGGAAGCAAUCCAGGAGAGCUUAUAGGCCAUGGGCAUAUUAACUCAGGCUCGGUCUUAAUUUCUCGGCCAGUUCUCGUCUCCUCUGGGCAUCAGCGUCAGUGGAAAGAACUUAACAAUGCUUUAGUGUCUGCUAUAACAGACAUUGUCGAGAGGUGGUGGACGAACUCGGUAUCACGAUUCCCAGAACGUAUGCCUCUGAAACCUGCAGAGGAAGACCUCCUUCGUGUAUGCUAUGUCCCCCCGCCCACAGUGCAUCCCGCGGCUGGUUCUGGGACAUUCAGCCAACAACACGACAUUUCAGACCCUAUCGAGGAGUUCCCUCGACAUAGGGACUGCAGCUACGAAGAAGCCCCUCCUCGAUAUUUUGCCUUGCAGGUUCUGCGCGAAGACCGAUGUCGCGGUGGUGUUCUAUCCGGAAUGGAUGUUGGCAAACUCAGUUCCCCUGCUAUUUUACAGUCUAUUUGGUGGACUAAUGUUCAAAGACCGAUAGACAAGUUACUAGACGUUGGAUCUGAGCACGCGGAGCACUUCCCCAUCCUGACUCAAGAUCUGGAAAUCACAUCCUCUUCCCCAAUUAACACUAAUUGUCUCAUUGACGCACGUGCCAUUGACGUUACAAUGAGCGCGGAAGAAUUGUUGGCCAAUGUUGAAGGCGGCGUCGUGCCAGUGACCUGCCAUGAGGAUGUCUUGCGGAUCGCAUUCAUCUAUCUGGACGAGGGCCUGUGGACCGGGAAUGGGGUGUUUGAUGUUGUAGACAAGCUGCACUCGCAUGGCUUGUCCUUUGGUGAGGGCGUUUUACGCUUUAAUCGUUCUCUGGAUAUAUUCUACCUCGCACAACUAGCAGCCGCCAUCUACCGCUAUAUCUCCCAACUGAAAGAUGAUUUCCCCUCCUUCUCUGAUUUCCCGGCCUUCUACAUAGCCUACCACGCCUUCCUGCACUCCUCCGCCUGGCGCUCCUACUACUCUUACCCCUUCCUCACCCAGCGUACCACAGCAUGCUUCUACCGCCUGCCCAACCUCCAGGACCUGCCUGACUCCUCCUCCCCACUAUGCCAGCCGCGCCAUAGUCCGGCAUCCCUACACAUCCUGAAAAUCCCCCGUUGGGCCUACACUGUCGGGUGCACACGUCGUAGGCAGCCCUUUCUUCCAUCUGAGACUCUUACUGCACUAGCCCUCAGCACGCUGGAGGCAACUAUGACACGCCUGCACACGGCAUACCCCAGCGCACCACCCUAUUCCGAAGCACAUCCGCGCUUCUGGCUUGACUAUUUUACUCCUGAUCCAUCUCCAUCUCGCGUGGCUGAGGUGACUCCUUGGCAAGCAUGGAGGCCCCACAGCUUUGGGAUAUUGGUCGCGCAGGGAAAGUAUGAUAUACACAGGUUAGAAGCAGAGUACCUCACACGGAUAGCGGGAGGAGAGAUAAUCGAGGGAGAUAGCCAGCCGGAGCAGGUGAUAUGGUAUGGGUGGCCGGAUGGAGGAAUUGAAGGGCAGGCGUGGUGGAGGGGGUGGGAAGAAGAGGUCGGGAGUGAGGAGGAGGUAGAUUUCCUAGCCGCUGUUGCGGUGGAGGAGACAGUUGGAUUAGGACUCCAAGGAAUCGACAUGGAUGAGUUGGACUUGUCAAUCCGGUCACAUAUACUACUAGCGGUCAUGCAGGCUGCGGUGAAGGACAAGCAGGAGAAGGAGCGGUUCCUGGAUGAGAUGAAGAGGCGGAUGGUGCAGAAGGGGAGAAUUGUCAACGAGAGGGCAGGGAAGUGGACCAGGGAGGCCUUAGAAACCAUGGAACCAGGAGAGAGGGAAGAUGCUGCGGCGGAUUCUGGUGGAAAAUGCGCAGCUCUUUGCACGCUGGAGGUUGUCGCCUACUUCGAAGCAGUUCACUUUCGCGCUGAGGCCGAGGGAUAUCCAAAUCAACUGAAGAAGAUACGAAUCCCCGCUUCGCAACGUAACGCAACCCCGUACCUGAAUCUCUGUAUGCAGGAAGCCCUGGGAAGUACUUGUUUACCCAUUCUGAGCUUUAAAGGAAAUCAGGCAGAACUACGCAAAUCACUCGAUGCGAAACGCCAUUAUUAG